GUCAGGUUUAAAAACCCAUUUACCUUUGCUGUGUCUCGGCUUAAUUGACUUGCCCGUGAGUACAUUUCCUUAGAAUACCAAGUAAUGGUAUCCAUUUAGGAAGUGCUAUUUUUAGAAAAACAUGGAAUUAAACAGCCAGCGGCAGAGGUUAUGUGAUGUGCCUGGGUAGCUCAUAACAGCAAAACUCCUGUUUUGGAAACUUACUAGGUGGCAAUACAUGAGAAAAUAUCAAUAUGUAGAAUCAAUUGAUAAUCCACAGCGCAGAGGCUGUUACACUGGAGGUAGGGAGGCUGUAAUGGAAUCCUUUCAUGUAAAGAGAAAAGUACUAAUGUUCUGACAACAUCUCUCUCGGCUGUUUCCAGCUCUGCAGUCCCUGUUUAUGUGCUGUCUUAGGAAUAUUGAUGCAGCUGGUCAUGAGAUCACCAAUCCUUAAUAGCAGCUAUAAUACAUAGAAUAAUACAUCUCUGAUAAAACACUUGAUUGAUAGCCUCAGCUCUAGUCAUGACUGAUUGAUGGAAGGCUAUGUGUCUUGAGAGGACAGUGCAAUCAUUUGCUUUUCAUAUAUAAUUUUUUUCUGUGGUUGAAGGUAGAAUUUUAGGAAAUCCUGUUAAUUAUUAAACCUUGGUGUGUGUUGACCAUCUAGCUACUGUACCCUUGUACUUUCUAAGUACACAAUGGUAAUCGGUCCCAUAAUCAAGGUCAGUCUAUUAAAAUCAAACCAAAGUGGUACCUCUGUUUGGGUGACAUAAACUAUGUGAACUUCUCCUGAAUUCUUUAGCAAUCCAGAUGGUGAGCCGCCUUUGCUCUUAUUUAUUGAUGUCCUGGAUCUUACGAUUGACAGCGUUUCAUUGCUGUAAAAUGUUUUACAUACGUAUUACGUCUAACUCUGCAUUAACAGUAAGAAGAAUGUGCGCAUGUGUAUGCAUCUAGCUUUAAAUAGGUUUAAAGUUAAAAACAUUUGAGUGGUAACUGUUAAGUCAGAUUGAAUCAAUGAAAUACCCCACAGGCAACAUUGGGACUGAGUACCACCACAGAGCAGUAGAUAAGCCUAGUUCCCUCUGCAGACACAGCUGGUAUACCUUGAGUCAGGCUGUUUGCCCCAGUAGCUCCAGUCCACCCAGCUGUAUGUGGGAGGGCAAUGCUGCUCAGGUGUUGUGGGGGUGGGGGGUGGGGUGUCAUAGGUUCUCAACCAAUUUAAAGCUACAGUAACCAACAGGGAUGAUCUCAGGCCUGAUGAGCCACUGGGCUCGGGAGUAUACUUUGUCAAGCAAAAUUAUUUAGUGACUUUAUUCUGUGAGGUUGGCCGUUCAUAUAUUCUUUUAGCAGAACAUGUUUGCUUCUCAUUGCAAAGCCGCCGAAAAAAAACAUUUUAAUAUACAUAUCAGACUUCCAUAUUCCAUAUUGUGCGGAUCAAGGCUGCAUUUUGGUACGUGUUUAUCUGUUUUCUGGGUUUAUCACUUUGUCACUUUGUGACAAGCGCCGGGCACUACAGGGGCGAGUAAGAAAAAUAUACAGAAAGACGUCUUGCACAGAGACAGUCGGUCACUUUACUGCCCUUAUAGCGUCGCAGCGUAGCUGUUUAAACUAAUUCCUAGUAGGCAAAACCCUAGAGCAUCCCUAGACCUCUGUGUUGUACGGGCACCGGUGCUGACCACGGUUCUGAUGCUGCCGUGAUCUCUUUCUCCACUAGGGGGAGUGCGAGAGCGACUCAGUCAACCAGUCCGAGUAAGGCUAGAAACGUCUUCUCAUAAGAUGCUCAGCUCUCAGCGGGGGGGGGGGCAGACAAAGAGGAGGCCUCUUAUUUCGGAAGCAGGAAGCUGUACCGUGUCUUUGGGGUGAACCCUGAUAACCGAAAAGGCAGGGGGAGAAAAAAAGCUUUCGUUUUGCUGCGAUACAGCGAUGAACGCGGAUUCAUGACAAAGCAGGAAAAUGGAGUCAACGCUCUGGUUUAAAUUGUAGCUAAAUAACACAAGUCAGCGCCUCUGCAUAACGUCGCUUCUGUGUGGCUGUUUCGUUUCCCGUUGCGGGGUUCCCCGUUGUGUCGCUGGUAUGACAUCACGGUCGUGUUAAAAUAACAAGCACGCACGCUGUUGUCGGAGCCAACAUUGUUUUUGUCACAAUUUGAAUUGAAUCUGAAGGUCGUUGCUGCAUGCGAGGGAGACAUCUUUUGAGACAUAAAAGAUGCAAGCAGAGUAAGUUUUUUUUUUCCUCCUCCUCUUCCUCCUGACGACUGAUUCCGUAUUUUGACUGCAGGCGGAUGAUGCAGCGUGGGGAUAUAUGCAGGAGAAAGCGUUGCUCUGAUAUCAGCACCGCCUCUGAGAUUCAUCAUCAGGAAUAAGGAUAAGUCCGAGACAGCGGUUUAACGCUUAAGCAAAGAUAACGAAACGUCCUCCCGCAAUAUAGCCUCUGCGUGUAUGAAACGACGUGUAAAAGUCAUAAAAUUUACAUGCAUUUUUUUCCUCCUGCAUACAUGUCUUUCUGGGAGUUUAAAAAGGUAUGAUAAGGGGCUGUCAACGCCUCGAAGAGCUUCGGUGAGGACAUCUUGCCCGGGGGAUUAGUCGUAGAUGCUCGUAUCCCUCCUCCUUUCUCUCUACAAACUCUGCAGAUUGUUCUCCAUGUCCAGCUCCGACAGACUAACGGUCCCAGAACGCGUGACCCGGUUCCAGAACCGCGGGACCGCCCCGGACCCGAAGGCGGUGUCGCCGGGUCUCAGCGCCGACGUCCAGCAGGCUCUGGACAGCUCCCUGCCCGCGCUCAGUGCGGCGAUCCAGACCCUGAAGGCGGCCAGAGAGCGCUCGGACCCCGAUGAGACCCGACGGGCUGUCGCCGAGAUCUUUCGGCUGGUGGAGGAGGCCUGGGUCCUGCCCACCAUCGGGCGACUUGUGGCCGAGCAGAUCUGCAACCGCGUCCGGCUGGAGGGCGGGCUGGAGCUGAUUCUGCAGCUGCUACAGGCGCCCGAGGUGGAGGUCCGAUACGAGUCCGCCCAGCUGCUGGAGCAGAUCCUGGUGUCCGAGAACAGGGACUACGUGGCCCGGAUGGGGCUGGGCGUGAUCCUCAACCUGACCCGGGAGCAGGGGAACACCCAGCUGGCCCGCAGCGUCUCGGGGAUCUUGGAGCACAUGUUCAAGCACACGGAGGAGACCUGCGCCCAGCUCAUUGGCAACGGGGCCCUGGACGCCCUGCUCUUCUGGUGCCGGGGCAAGGACCCCACCGUGCUGCGGCACUGUGCCGUCGCGCUGGCCAACUGCGCCAUGUGCGGCGGCCACAACUGCCAGCGCCUGAUGAUCGAGAAGCAGGCCGCCGACUGGCUCUUCCCCCUGGCCUUCUCCAAGGAGGACGAGCUGAUCCGCUUCUACGCCUGCCUGGCUGUGGCCGUGCUGGCCACCAACAGGGAGAUCGAGAAGGAGGUGGUGAAGUCGGGCACCCUGGAGCUGGUGGAGCCCUUCAUCGCCUCGCUGGACCCGGACGAGUUCGCCCGCAGCCUGCUGGACAGCUCGGACAACAUGCAGGGCCGCAACGCCGCCGACCUGCAGCACCUGCUGCCCCUGCUGGACGGCUCCCGCCUGGAGGCGAAGUGCAUCGCUGCCUUCUACAUGUGCGUGGAGUCAAGCAUCAAGUCCCGCCACCGCAACACCAAGAUAUUCCAGGAGAUCGGCGCGGUGCAGAGCCUGAAGAGGAUCGUCAUGUACUCCAGCAAUGGCACCACCUGUUCUCUGGCUAAGCGGGCGCUGAUGAUGAUGGGAGAGAACAUCCCUCGCCACAUCCUCUCCUCGGUGCCCAACUGGAAAACCUGCGAGGUUCAGACCUGGCUCCAGCAGAUCGGCUUCACUGCCUACGCCGAGUCCUUCCAGGAGAUGCAGGUGGAUGGGGACCUUCUUCUCAACAUCACUGAACAGGACCUGCUUGCCGAUCUGGGCAUGACGGCAGGACUCGUUCGGAAGAGGUUCUUCAGAGAGCUUCGUGUGCUAAAGACUUACGCCAAUUACUCGACCUGCGACCCCAGUAACCUGGCGGACUGGCUUGGGGAGGUGGACCCGCGGUUCCGCCAGUACACCUACAGCCUGGCGCAGUGCGGAGUGGACCGGAACAGCCUGCUGCAAAUUACUGACCAGCAGCUUCAGACCGAUUGCCAGAUUGAGAAUGGUGUCCACCGGGCCAAGAUCCUGGCUUCUGCCAAAGGUCUUCUGAGACCAGCCCAGCCCUGCAGCGCCCCCGACUUCCAGCCCGAUGGACCUGACGUCUUCAUUAGCUACCGACGCACCACUGGGUCCCAGCUGGCCAGCCUGCUGAAGGUCCACCUGCAGGUACGGGGAUUCAGCGUGUUCAUCGACGUGGAGAAGCUGGAGGCCGGCAAGUUCGAGGAGAAGCUGAUCCAGAGCGUGCAGCGGGCGCGCAACUUCAUCCUGGUGCUGUCGGCCAACGCGCUGGACAAGUGCAUGGGCGACCACGACACCAAGGACUGGGUGCACAAGGAGAUCGUCACCGCCCUGAACUGCAAGAAGAAUAUCGUGCCCGUCACCGAUCAGUUCGUGUGGCCCGAGCCCAGCUCCCUGCCCGACGACAUGAGCGCCAUCCUGAACUUCAACGGAAUCAAGUGGUCUCACGAAUACCAAGAAGCCACGAUUGAGAAGAUCCUGCGCUUCCUGAAAGGCCGCCCAAGUCAAGAUAUGUCCAGCUUUCCAGAGAGCCUCCAGGGGAAUUCGGGGCCACAUCACGGAUAGCCAGAGGUUAAGGGGUGGGAGGUGUUAUUUUGUGACCUGGAAAAUGGGAUUUUCCCCACAGAGCAAGACGCAGAGCCAAAGAGAGGCCCUGCCGCAAAUGUGACCCCUGACAUUUCUCUCGCUCCCCCUGCCUGUACAUCCCUUUACCCAGCAUUCCCUGCGCCUUGCACUGAUUGGCCAGCCUGUUCCUACCUCCUGCGGAUGCGACACUGUGCACAAGUGCUGUUUACCCUUAGAGAGAAAGGCAGUAGCCAGGAAAGUUUUAUAUUUUGAGAAUUUGCAACCUGUGUUGCCACUCUCUUGAAGAUACCCCCCCUCUACUUGAGACAGAAGUUGAUCAAGGCCAGGUCAGCAUGUUAUUGAACUUCAUCGAUUUUUCUUUGAAAUAUAUGUUUACAUGGAGUACCAAGGGUAGAGUGGCUUAGAGAUUUGCUGAGGAACUGGGACUUGAGGACGCUCUCCCUAGUGGUCACUCCAGCCUUGACAGUUUGUAAAGGAAGAGCUGCUCGUCUCUCAGGUAUGACAACACUGCGGCGUCCCUGGUGUGGACCUUACCAAGCGUGAAAACGUAGUCACAGGCUGACCCUGAGGAUGAGAACGAUCCUUUCCCAUGAGCCUCGGACCCAGGUGUCCCUCUUUCCUUAACUCCUGCUCUCUGUAAGGAAAUCUCAUUCGCUUGAUACUAAUCUACACCACAACACACUCCUCCAAUAACUGCUGUAAGUGUAAAAAACACAAAACUGGCAACAACCUUUUAUUAAUUUGAUACUAUGCUUGUUUUAUGCCUCUUUUUUAUAUAAUCAGAAACAUCCUUUGUACUUUUUUGGACUCUUUUGACCGCUUUGGUUCUGAGCCAUGUGCAGUGUUUUAUUGAAACGGUGGGAGAAAAGCAGAACCAAACCUCAGAGCUUCUUGGACAAACAACAGUGUCUCUUUCCUCAUGGAACUUGAGCUGUGACUCAAGUGCAUGCUUGAAAUCCGUUUAACAUGUUAGACACUGUCUAACAUUAUACAGAAGUGUGCACAUAAGGCAAAAACAGCAGACGUUCUGAUUAAACAGUCCAAAACUCAGUCGUUAUUCUCAGGCAAUCUUAAGUGUAGCUAUUAGUAUUACCAUCACAAAGAUCUUUGGAAUGUGUGUCCCAAAAUGCAACACUUAGCUAUGUAACUUAUUUGACUCUCUGAUUCAUUCUCCAAUUGCAUACUACAGCAGCCUGCUCAGUGUGAGUGACGUACUGUAAAUCCUUGUUCAGAAACACAAAUUGCCUUACUUUUCCACAGUCAAGCUGCAGUUUAAGAAAUGAAAGUGGGCACCUAAAUAGUAGUCAGUCAGUGCUAGCCAGCCUUUAUCCUGUGAGAUAUUUAGCAUGGAUCUGUUUGCUUGCACUAAAUCCCCUUUAGAAAAUGCUGCAGUAAGAACGUUUGAGAUAGGGCCAAGCUCUGCAAAGGUGUCUAACCAGGUGACUGAUUUAUCUUUACUAUAUUAAAGCUACUGUAUAAAGCAUUGAACUGCUUGGCAUUAUAAUCCAAGAGCCCCGCAGAUAUCGCUGAGUAGCCAAACAGAAGCCUUUCUUCCUGUAUGGGACUAUAGACUACUUAAGGUUUUGGCACUGCAACCAUACAGCUACUAUCAGUGCCCACAUAGCAAUUCCCAUAUGCUUUUUAUAUUAACUAGUGCAGCAUCCUAAACAUUGCUCUAGUAACUAUCCGUGAUGUAAAAAAAAAAAACACCCUUUUAAAAGAAUUCAGAGCAAUAUUCACAUAAGCUGAUCUAGUGAUGAUGUUUUUUUUUUAAAUAAGAUGAAGAUCAGACGCGUUUGAUAGUGAUUUCUACCCCUCUGUGUAAGUCUGGAAUACAUGAACAAGGGGUGCCUCAAAGGUUUAAUCCUUACUGUGUAACAGGUCAGGAAGGAUUGCAGUCAGAUUUCUCCCAGAGGCAGCAGCAGACUGACAGCAAUCGUCUUUUGGUUCCUUGGUUCCAUUUUAAAUUCAAACCGGCCCGAGGGAUUACAAACUCUCAGGUCAUAUGGAAGAAUUUGACUUCCUAACGCUUUUCUUGGGUUGUGCAGUAAGCUGGGCAGAGGCAGCCCAAGAUCUGUGCCAACAGGAGCUUUUAAACAGCUGGCGAACAGGCUGGCAGGCACUCUAGUGAGAACAGCGCCUUUCUCUCCUUUCUCUCAGUGUUGUAGCGUCAACGGCUUUAUCCUUUACAGUCUUCCCUGUGGCCUUAAGUACUGUACGUAUUCAAUGUUAGAGUAUAGAUGAAAACUAUUAUAUUAAUGUGAAUUCAGGAAAUUCAUUUUUUUUUAUUUAGGUUCGGUCAACUGAACCAUAAUAUGCAAUAAAUAAAAUGAGCCUGCCAAUUUGAUUUUUAAUGUUCACGUGUUUUCCAGAAAAACAUACCGGAAUGUUUCUUUUUCAUGCUUUCCCCAGUUUGGGGAAUUGUCAAAUGCAUUGAGAACUAAUUGACGAUCAUUUAAUCCGAUUCUCAUUGACUUCUCGGCCUAAUCAGCUAUAUUGUAAGUUGUUAAAGGCUGUACGUUUUCCCAGAGAACUAUGCAAAUGCCCUGGUUCGACACACUCUUUGGUAUCUGCUUUACAACCAUCUUUUUUCCCUGUCGGUUACCGAUUUGUGACGUGGGGGAGAGGAUUAGGAAACAUUCCGAUUAGAGAGUUUCUUCACAGAUCAAUAUUUCUAGGGUGAAUCCCUGUGUAGUCUCAUGGCCAUGAUAACAGGCCAGAUAGCUUAUCCAGACUCUGCCCUUUAUUAACCAAAAAACCUGACAUCCCUUGAUAUCACUUCAUCUCAGGUUUAGGAAUAAAACUUGAUAACUGUUACUUA